AUGUUUUUUACAUCACAGUACGAUCAACAAACCUCAAAUGAAAAUGAAUCCAGUUCAAUAAAUAAUGAAAAUGAUAAUAUUAAGCAAACAUAUCGUUCGAUAAACAUAAAAUCUAAUAAACAAUUACCAGAAAAAGCGAUCCGUUUAAUGAAUGCUUGGUUUAUAUCACAUGAAGAUAAUCCAUAUCCAAAUCGUAAUGAUUUAGAUUAUUUAGCUACGACUGGUGGUAUUAAAGAAACUCAGGUAAAAGCAUGGUUUUCAAAUAAACGAAAUCGAACACAAAAUACACAUCCAAAACGUGCAAAACGUUAUCUCAUGCGUAGUCAAACACAACAAAAUCCAGUUUUAUUUAAUGAACCUGAAAAAAUUCAUAUAGCAGAUGAACUUGAACAACGUGCACAAGUAUUACAACAUUCAAAUUCUCAAUUAUCUUCGACGAAUUGGUCAUGGUUAACAUCAAAUUCUUAUGAGUAUUAUCCACAUCAUUAUUAUUAUAAUCAAUAA